AGACUGUCUUAUUUUAUGCCGACCUGACUUUUUCUUCGUCAGACCUGAGUUAUUCUCCUCUCCGCUAGUGCAGACCAAGCGCCUCCAGAACUCGUUCCCUCUUUGACUGGUGUCAAUCAAAGCGCGCCACAUUCGUUUCUUGUCUCUCGUAGUGCUGAUUUCGCCCGGUCCCGUCGCCGACCUAUUGUCGUCAGAUCUGAACCGUCUAUUUGUUGAUCCUCGGCAGUCAGUGCUAUAUCGCGGAUAAACGCAGCGAUAUGACGUCACUCGCAGGAUGGCCGACUGGUGCCGUGGAAGGCGAAGACGUGGUUCGAACAAUCUUUAUAACGGGUUUUCCGCCCGACACCAAGGAGCGCGAACUGCAGAACCUGCUGCGCUGGUGGCCGGGCUACGAGUCGUGCCAGCUGUCGUACAAGGGCGACCAGCCAAUGGGCUUCGCGCUCUUCUCCACGUCAGCCAUGGCGUUCGCCGCGCGCGACGCCUUGCAGGGGUUGCUGUUCGAUGUCGAAUCGAACGCUGUUCUGCGAGCGGAAAUGGCGAAGAAGAACCUCUUCAGGAAGAAAGGUGCGGAGGAUCCUGCCAAGAGGCUUCGUGUUGCCGACGCCUUGACCUCCUACGUUGUUCCCGGAGCGGCGAGCUACGACCCCUACGGCGCAGCAGCAGCAGCCGCCUUCGCUGCUGCAACCGUGGGAACCACGCCUGUUGUUCCGCGCACUGUAGCACCGUCGUACACACCCUCCAAGGUGUAUAAGGACAAUCCGCCCUGCAACACGCUCUACAUUGGCAAUCUCAGCCCGUUUGUCAACGAAACUGAGAUCCUCAGUGUCUUUGGCACGCAACCGGGCUACACACAAAUGAAGCUGACGAGGCAAGGCGUCACCAACACUUGCUGCUUCGUGCAAUACUCGAUCCGGUUCCUCAGUUAAAGCCCUCGCUCUCCCAGCCCCCUUC